AAACUAAUUAACUUCUAAGUUUAUUAUUGGCGAAUACCCGCGUAAUUGUUACAAGUUACAUCUGUUUAUUAGUGAAUAGGAGGUAUCAUUAGAAACUGAAGGGAUAUUUUGCAUCAGCGAAAACCUUGGUUGCUGCUGCGACAGUUAUCCUUAACCCUAUCAUUUUCGAGAAGAAUAAAUAACAAUGGGAGACCGCAACAAUCCCAUAAAGUUUGGUCCGGAGUGGCUACGCAACCUUGCACGUGAGCGGAGCGCCGGUAGGACGAACACACCUCAGAACAACCCCAGGCCCGGAAACCCGCAGAACACCAGACCCAGUGGGUCCCAGGGACCUGGUGGUUCAGGCCCUAAUUCAGCUGGGGCUGCGGGAGGCACAGGUUCGUCGGGUCCACCGACGUCGGUCAGUCCACCGAACGCUGGUGCCACAGCAUCAGGUGGAACCUCAACACCUACUCCCGGGACCUCGACCGGAGCAAUCACACGAAACACAAAUAACAAUCCAGUGCCAAAAGUGCAGCUCGCUAAGAUGAGAUACGGCAGGGAAGAAAUGUUGGCAUUAUAUGAUAGAACAUCCGAGGCCCCAGAGGAGCUGAAGUACUUCGAUUUGAUAUACCAGCCGCGGGGAAAACCACCUGUCGCACUGAACACCUUCGAGGAGGAGACGCAGCGAGGCGGGCCGCCUAUCGGAGCGAUGCCAACAGAACGCUUCGGCAUAGGACGAGGCGCGGGCCGGGGUGCUAUCGCGAGCGAGCCUCGGGGGAAGUCCCGCAUGCCGUUCGUGCGUCAUCCAUCAUCCGGCCCGACGUCUGGAAGGGGUUCCGCGUCACUGCACACCGGUAACGCCAGGUCUCCCGGGUUCAAUGGCCCUGAAGAAGAAGCGCCCCCAGGCCGGCCGUGGACAGGCAAUAAUGGUGGAGGUACUACGAACAGGACUGAUCAGGGUGAAUGGGGACAGAAUAAAAUGUAUCGAAGCCAAUCGCAGUCCUCUGCUGGACAUAGACCACUUCAAAGUCGCGCCAAAGAUCCUGGGUCACCGCCUACAGCAUCCAGUCGGGCUUCCACGACUACAUCAGGUCAUCGGUCAACCUGGCUGGAAGGCGCCCUAUGGCGACAUCCCAGUAACACGAAUUGGCGGCAAACAUCACGCGACGAAGGAGGGGAUGAAUGGAGACAUCAAGAAAAUCCCAGAAAUCGAUCUAACGUAGACAAAUGGGAUCGAGAUUGGAGUGAAAGACCUGUUCAGGAUAGACCGCAGUCUUGGAACUCGAGCCGUCGGACGUGGAUGGGCGAUAAUCAGAACAGCGAGGACAAUUUACCGGAGUGGGCCGUUGAUAGUGCUGAAGCGGGAGCUGGCACAUUCGACUCCACCGGCGCUUUUCACGGUUACAGUAAUGACGACUCAAAUAUACCCAAGAGCCAAGAAACGACCUAUCCUUUGACUCGUUCGCACACACACGGUAGUUUCGCAAGAUCAAAAACUGCUGAGGAAGGAUCUGAUGAGUGGUGGGCUUCAGAAAAGGCCAAGAAAUUAUCACCGAAAAGAUUUGAUGCAGGGGAAGCCAAGUACAAGAAGUCUUUAAGCACGGGGUCGAACGAAGCCGCAGCAAGCUCGAGUUCAAAUCAAGGAAACACAAAUAUAGAUGAUGUUCAAGAAAUACCAGAGAAAUUGGAGAAUUCUCGUAGCGAUGCCGAUAACAACACCCACAAUAACGCGGAUGAAAAUAAAGAGAAUGCAAUGAGACAGAAGUUCUCAGAGAGCAAGACGUUCGAUGCGCUGAUGAGAUCUGACAUUGAUUUCGCGGAGAACAAUGAUGAUAUGAGUAACUUCCAGUCGGUUAUGAUCACACCGAACAACAGUCUCCGCCAGAAACACCAGAACAUCGUCACAUCGGGCGCCGAUCCAUCGAUUAUGCAGGCGUCCAGCUCGGGACUACUCCACAUACUGCACGGCAUUCCGAUGAGCGCCAAGGCCACAGAGAAUGAAGCCACCCAGACUUCCGAGGACAAAAUAGUCGAAGAACUGAUUGAUAUGACACUCGAGGACCCAACCCUGCCGCCGAAUUUGCAAGCCAAUACGGCUAAUACUAUGCUGAUCCAUCCCAUCCCCAACGCGACACCUGGCCUGCAACUACGAAUUCCAAACCCUGCAAUGCAAUCCCAUGCUUUGUCAAUGAACACGGCCUCGUUACCGACUUCAGCCAUGCAAGCUCCAAACAUACAAAAUGUUGGCAUACAAAACUCAGCCUUGAACUCCUCCCUAGGACUUCCCAUCGGUCCUCCCGGAAACAAUGGAAUGGUUUUGCCAUUGCCACUCCCGCCGGUUAUGCAAAACACGCAAAUAAGCGCCAUCAAUACAGGUAUACAGCCGAGAACAGUCAUGGGUAGCUUCCAACCCAACAACGGUAUACCAGUGAUACCCGCACCCAAUGUCGCCAAUAAUCCAUUAUUCAUGGCCCAGAACAACGCACCGCUGUCAUCGUCGAACGACAUGCCGAUGUCCAAUCACGGCGGGCAAAACAAUCUGUUCCCCAUUCACGGGAUACAACACACGACCUCCCAAAGUUUCGGAUCCAUAUAUAGCAAUAUAAUGCAGACCCCGACGCCCCAAGGCACGCCCAACGCUCAGAACCUCGCCGAUCAGUGGUAUUACGAAGAUCCUAAAAAAAUCAUCCAAGGGCCGUUCUCCUCCAAGGACAUGUACAACUGGUACCGCGCCGGCUUCUUCAGCCCGAGCCUGAUGGUGCGUCGUGCUUACGAACCCCACAUGCGCCCGCUCGGCUCGUACGGUCCGGUACCGUUCGCACAAAUGGAUGUUCUCUCUCCAUUCCCUAUGUCUGGGUUCGAAUCUAGACCCCAAGGGUACGAUAUGCUUAACCAACAGCCGGGCCUGGGAAUCGAAGAUUCGCUAUGGGGCCAGCCGGGGCCGUCGCAGGAUCUGAUGUGGAUGCAGCAGACUAUCAAUGCAAGGAACGAGAGCAGCGUCAACAAUUUGCCAAUGUUUUUCUGGGACCCACAGCCGUCCUCUGCGAUAUCGUCCAACUCGUUACUGCCAGAGGAGAUAGCCAAGGAGAUGAAAACCGAGGAUCAAAUUCUAGCUCAACUCAGGGCUUCGCAAAACUUACCCACCCCUCCGACUGCGCCCUUCCUGACCGACAGCACCGCGACCACGACUUCAACGUCUUUGACUAUGAACACUACGAAUGAUGGGUUUUCAACCGUAAUCGCUACUCCUGACCUGGAAAAGUUGCAGAAGUUGCUGCAGAAUGACACUGUCACGACACCCGCCCCCACCAGUGACGCGAAAGACGCCGAAGAUGUCGAGGUUACUUCGUCUAAACCGACUAAGGCUGAAGCCACCUCUGAAACGCCAGUGAAAUCGGCACCAACCAAAACGCCAUCGGAAAAAUCAAAACAAGCUAAAAGUGACACAGACAAAUCUGCUAAAGCCAAGGACGUUACCAAAACUAAGAAUAAAAAGACCAAAGAAGAAAAGAAAGAAGAUAAUGACGCAAAGAACAAAGAAGAGGAAAGCAAGUCCGAGAAAGCAUCGGUUGAAUCUUCACCGACGAAGAACAAAAAAGAAGAGAAACAAAGUAAAAAAGAACUAGAAAAGGAGAAGAAGGAGUGGAUUAAAGAAGGCUUCACAAUUGUUAAAGCUCCCGAGAAGGGUAAUAAUAAAGAGUCCAAGAAGAAGGCCGAAGAGACCAAGGCGGCCGAGGACGUUGAAAAGAAAAAUUCUCAUUCUAGGAAAGAAGAAGAGAAGGUGGUCGUUAAAGAAGAGGAAAGAAGGAAGAUGACAGAAUUAACAAAGAAACAGCAGCGACAAAUACUUGAUUCACUCUCGAAGAAAGCCCCGUGGUCCGCAACGCAGGCUGCAACCACGAAGGAUGGGAUCAAUCUCGCCGAGAUACAGCGCCUAGAGAGGGAGAAGAAACUGGAACAGAUAAAGGAGCAGCAACACAUGAUGCAGCUGAUCGCUCAGCAGCAGGCCGAGGCGCUCGCGAGGGAACAGGUCAUAAAUAGUUUGCUCAAUUCGCAGGAUUCGCAAACGAAUCUGCCCUGGAGUAAGAAGAAGUCGAGCAACACCGGGUCCGGUCAGAGUCUAGCUGAGAUACAGGCGGAAACCAGACGGCAAUCGGCCGCAGCCCAGGCAGCUGCUGCGGCUCACGCCAUUGAGGAGGCCCAAGCGCUCCCUCCGCCUCCGCCCAACCACGCGCCGUGGGGUAACUCACAUAAUGGUGGUGGUUUCUGGGAUACGCAACCUAACUCUUCGAAGCCGGAGAAGCCCCAAGAGCCGAAACCGGAGAAGAAGAAGAAGGUUGUCGUCUACGCUCCAAAGAAGGAGACCUCUCCGGUAGCCGAGUUCGAAGCAUGGUGCAGCAACGUGCUGACCUCGUGGAGCUCGAAGAUUGACGUGCCGACGUUCGUGGGCUUCCUCAAGGACAUAGAGUCGCCGUACGAGGUGAAGGACUACGUCAAGUGCUAUCUCGGCGAAUCGAAGGACGCCAAUGAUUUUGCUCGACAGUUCCUCGAGAGAAGAUCUAAGUUGCUCCGCGUGGGAAUGGUGACGCCCUCGGACGACCUUUGCUCCCCCGCCAUGGCCGUCAAUCCGCGAGCCUCGCUCUCCGACUACCAGGAGGUGAAGGGCAAGGGGAAGAAGUCGAAAAAAAAUAAAAUGCUCAAAGUCGACGCUCGUAUCCUCGGCUUUUCCGUGACAGCCGCCGAGGACAGGAUCAACGUCGGCGACAUUGACACCGUAUGAGACGACGACUAAAUUGACUACUCGCCAUGUGAUAUCACCCGGAGGUAUUUAAUUAAUGCACUAUAAAUUAAAAACGCUUACGGUCUCACGACGCCCGGUGGUAUCCACCGGACCUUGGUACCGUACGCGUAGACAUUUUUAUAAAAACGUUUUCGACGUCAAUUCGGUAGAAAAUACCUUCGGAUUUAGAUCUCUGUCCGUAUAUAGCUGAGAACAAAAGUCAUAUUGUAUUUCCCGUGUUUUAUCGCCGAUCCGUCGGCGGCACAGCGAGCGACGAGUGCACGCCGUGCACGGUAUGGGUCCUCAGUGUUAAGAUGCAUCGUAUAGUCCACAUUGUACACCUAGUAUUGUGUCCCAAUCGUUUGCAACGGUUGGAGUUAUUCAAUUAUGUAACUUAUAUACUUAAAAUAGAAUUCAAUUCGCUCUGAAUUUGAUCGCGGUUCAAAAUUGCCAUCGUAUUCGUUAUUUAAGUGUCUCACAACAAAGCGGGUUGUGCUACAUGAAACGAGUUAAAUCAAAUUAUAUACAUGAACUUUUUAAAUAUAAUUAAUCUGUAGUUUUAAUCGAUGUCCGUGAAUUGAAUUCCCGUGCAAUGUAACGUGCUGCAUACAUGUAUAAAUAAUUAGCCCUUAGUUUGUUGUAUACACUAUCGCAUUUUUUAAACGAUGAAAAAAAAUAACGUAUUUUAUUUGGAGUUGAAGUAGUUUUUGCAAAUAUGUAUAUUAUCACAAAAUUUUAUUUUAACAUGAAUGUAUACGGUUAAGAGUACACUUGUAUAAUGUCAAUAUAGCAGUAUUUAACACUCGUUGCCCGUCGGCAAUACGGCACUGUACCGAGACGCCGCGGGCGACGCCCUCUGUUUUAAAGCACGCUUUUUUUUAGUGAUAAAACAUUUGUUAACCAUUCAAUAAAACAUUAUUAUUAUCUCUACUAAAAUAUUAACAAAAUCUUUCAUUAAUAAAAAUAAAUAUAUAAAGAAAAUUAUCUCCCUGACGACAUAAAGUGCUUAUCGCGGCGUACUGCGCACCGCACGUCUUUACGCACAGCCGGCGGCAGCGAGUCUUGGACACUGCUCUAGUAAUAUUCUUAACCGUCAGUAACUGUUGUGAACGUAUAUAAUAAUAUGUGCAAUUUUAUUACGCAAUUAAUUUAUAUAGUAUCAAUAAAUUUAUUUUAUUUGUAUAAUAAUUCAUGACAGAUUUAAUUAACCACGUACAUGUAAUGAUUUCGUCCUUUAUAGUGUAUUAAUUGUCGUUUAUCCUGCGAUUUGUCUCUAAACGUCGGCCGAAUCGGACAUAUUUUUGUGCUUAUAUCGAAUUGUUUUAUACAGGUUUGAUAUAAAUUCGACUUUACAUCAAAGUAAUUAAAUUCAGAACAAAUUUUACAAUGUUCUCGAUUUUAUUGAUCGAUUUAUGAAAAAAAUUAAAUAAAAAAAUGAAAGUUUGUUGAUCAUUAAAUCUCACAAAAAUAUUUCUGUAAUUUAAAUACUAAAUUAUAUUUAGCCUGUGCCGAAAAAAGAAGUUAUAGAGAUAAACAAACUUUAGAUUUAGACGUAUUCGAUGCUAUUUUGUAAUAGAUCUGGUAUAUUGUGCAACACACAGCUCUUGUUAUCAAUAUUUUACUUAACUACAUAUAUAUUUAAUUAUUAUAUAAAAUGUAUAACUUUUACUUUGAAAUCAAAGUUCUUUAGGGACUUUUCAACAUAAAAAGCUAUUUUAGAAUCCAUAUUGAAUAUCAUAGAUAUCAGAUAAAUUAAUUCGCGUCAUAUUGUUUGUUUAUCUUAAGUUUCGCGGUCGACGUAGGCUAUAGAACUGUCAUCUUGGAGACGUUUAGAGAUGUUUAAUGUUUAUAUGUAGAUAGAUUUAACUGAACGCCCACCCUACACGUGUUUUGUGUUUUGUUACGAUACCUAUCGACUGAUUAUUUUCUUAAUGUUUGUAUACUCUUGUUACAUUCACUUUGAACACUUAUUUAUUUUUACUGAUCGAACAAUUCGGUCUGUUUUAAUGCCAUUUGUAUCGUGAGCUUUUUUUUAAAAAAAACGAAUGUGUUCUGCAUUGGAACAGUAUUAUGAAAUAAGGUCCUGCUUCCAAACGAGGACUUAAUCCAGCAGUGGCUAAUUUUAAGUCAAGAUAACUUAUUUAAAUAUACAAUUUUUAUUAUUUACAAGUAAACCUAUCGUUCAGAUAUUAAGAUCUGCAGUUUCAUAGGUUUCGAGAUUAUACUUAUUAAUAACUAAAUAAGUGUUCCCGGUGGUGCGCGGUUUACCAGAAAAUGAUCAGUCGACGCUUCAAUAUUUGCGUCAGUAGCGACCUCGCCGAGUGAGGGCUUUCAAUCUCAAGUCAAUUGCAUACAAUUUAUUUCCGACGCUGAAUGCCUACAUAGCGUAACAAAUCAAAUCAAUGCCCGAAUACGGUUUCGUGACCGUCUCUGUUUUUAGAUAUUUUUUAAUGUAUAAGGCAAAUCUUUGUGUUUUUUUAUGUGUAUGUGUUUAAUAAACAUUUGAUUAUAAUCUGUAACCGUUUGUACACACCAUGCUUCAUUUCCUGAGCGUGUUUAGUGUAUCGGUAUACAUGGUGUUUAUAUUGUAGUGAGUGUAUCGAGUCACAGGCGGACUGUCGCAAUAUUAAUCUUAAGCUAAGUGCACACGAUGCGUAUCUUUCGAAUCGUAUACGUGUUCGUUUCCCAUGUAAUGAAAAGAUACAUCUUGUUUGCAUUUACGAAAUUCAACCUUUUCCACGUCUAUAUAAAGUUCAAUUUAUGAAUAUCAAAGUUUUAAUAAAACAUUGAUCGGCUUCGUGAAAGUGUUUGUCGAAUUGAAUAAUACAACGCCUAAAUGUGGGAAGGCUGAAUGAUAGGUACCUAUAUGAAUUUACAUUAAAGUAGAACAAUUAUUUAUAUACGGAACUCGAGUAGUUGGUUCAUAAUUUUUAUAUUAUACGAUGUUUGUAACUUGAGACCUGUAACUCAGACUAGAUGUAGUUUUGUAAACUAAACGGAAACAUAACAUUUGUCUUUUCUAAGUAACGGAUAUGUGAAUCGUAAUUUUAAGCGUUUGAAUUUUGUAAAUGAUUUGUUUUAGAAUCGUUAUUUGUAUAAUGAGUGGAAACUCCAACUAUAAAUGAUUUCGAUUUAAUAUAUUAUACCGUAUUCGAUGUGGAAUUAAAUUCUUGAACGAGUAUAGAAAUUGUGUCAAUGUUUGUGUUGGUGACGACGUUCCUGACCCGACUGUUAUCGCAUCGUAUAAACACGCGAACACUUGCUGCCGAAUCCUCGAGUUUUCAUUUCAAACGCAUAUUACUUUCACAGAUUCAAAAUUUCAUCUGACUAAUAAAUUUUUCCGAUCGAUAAUUUUCCUCGCAGUGUGUAUUGACACGAUUCGACAAAAACUUCGUCACAGACAAAAAUAACGGUUCGAUCAGGAGCGUCCUUUGCAAUACUCAUAUCAACAUGUACGCAUUCGCGGGGAAUAGUUUCCGGUUUGCAUCCAAAACUAUCGGACUGUCGGUAUUUAGUAGUAAAACUCGGUUGAAAGGAUAUUGCGUGAUAAUUUAUAAUGACUUAUUAAUAUAUUUCGAGUGCCUUUCCGCUUGCCGAAGCGUUGGUGUGUGUUAAACACUCGCAGUCUCGUCGCUACCGAUAAACGAUGGACAAACACGAAACGUACCAAACAAUUUUGGCGCAGUUUUUGAAAAUACUACGUCACCUUCUUACUUAAUUUGAUUUGAUUCGUGUCAUCAGUCGAUGAGUUGGCCGUCAUCACACGUUACGACGAAACAUUAAUUAUUCGUACACUAGAUGCUGCCAAUAAAUUACUCAACGGGGAAGUUUGCGGGCCUGGAAUCAAUGAUACGCUUGUAAACAUUUGCAAUGCGUAAGCAACGGUUCCCAAACUAUUCCAAGGACGUGCAAAUGUUGCGCAAACUAUAGUUUUUGCUGCAACGCAUUUCUCGCUAAACGCGCCGCACUUUCCCGAGUUGGACUCGCCGAUGGUUUAUUCGAAACGAUUUCAAAUUUUACAUUAUUACUCGGUUAUGAAAUUAUAUUUUAUUGUUUUGGCGCCAGUGUCGUUUUCUCAAACCGCGCCACAAAUUCACAGUUUCGUCGCGACUAAAUCGGGAUCGUUUUCAGUUUCAAAACGAUUGUGAGUAGUAUAACAGAUGCCGAUGUGUCACGACUAACAUACCAAAACACAAAAUCGCUAGAUACAAUUAACAUUAAGCUCUCCGCGCGGUCCGAUAGUUCACGUAGACGUUUCGUAUUUCACUGUGUUCAAUAUUAUAACGUAAUCGGCCGAGCUGUUUAAUGUAAUGGUCACACUUAUGCCAACGAGCGAAGCGAAUGACACCGAACGAGGGCGUCAUUCUGGGUUAUUUACGGUUUCAGGAUGGAGACGUUGCCUCCAUACGUUUCUAAAGAGAUUUUCAUAGGUUCCGAGACAAAUGAGCGACUUCGACGAGUGACUACGUCUCCGUUGAGGUACUCGUGUGUCAAAGCAGUUUCAGUUUGAUGAAUAUCGGACUCAUUCGAGGGAAUUGAACGUCGCUUUGUCGUUUCGCUCCGCUCGCCGUGUCCUGUGUUAAUAUAAUUAAUCACGUAUAUAAUUAAAGUAUAUCAGUGUACGCUAAUUAUAAACUAUAUUAAUGAGCAUGUGAACUAAUGAAUGUUAAUUGUUUCGAUUUUAUUGUAUCAUUAUGUUUUAAAGACGUGUAAAUAUGAUUUUAGAAUUAAAAUAAAAUAAUUGAUC